ACCAAUCAGUCUGUAGUUUGUUUUGUUAUCUCUUUGUGAGUGUAUUUGAGUUUUGACUCUGUCAGACUCCUUUCAGGAAAAACCAUAUCAAAGUCAGUGCGGCAGUUGUCAACACUCUUAAUGAUGUAUUUUGACAAAAGCACAGCCUGUACCCACUAUGUAUGUGUUAUCUCUGGACUAGCCCUCUGGGUAGUGGGUAUGAAGGCCAUUUAAAUCUUAUAAAGAAAGGCUGUGAUCUGCAUGCUGCGUGCGGUUGUUAGGAUUUCUGGGAAGAUGUUUCUGAGAAGAUGUUUUCCAGAUGAAGAUUGGACCCGAGCCAUUAUGCAGACGGGAUAUAUUUCACAACCACUGGCCAGAGCCUUGGCUUUAAAUGCAUGUCGUGUCCCACAGAGCAGUGAUUUCGUAAUGCUACCACCAGUAUCAUGGACUGAUUGACAUUUGAUAGUACUGGUUUUUACAACAAAAACAAAUUCAUAAUUUGAUUGUUUUUGUCAGGACUUUGAAAAGGACAUUUCCUAAAUCAUUGAAUAAACUUCAAAACAGAGAGCUUGAGGAUUUACUGGACUCUACCAUGGAGCUCAUCCUUUUCAUCUGUAUCUUGUUUGUCACUACUGUGGAAACACAGACCGUGCCUACUGCAGUGCAAGGGCCGACUUUCACAUUGCCUCAUUUGACGGCCUGCUUCUCCCGAGAGUUGUUGACUUUCCGAUGUCAAUGGAAGGCUGGAUCUUUCCAGAACCUCACCGAACCUGGGGAUCUAAGACUUUUCUACAUAUUAGACAAGGAUUCCAAGAAAACUGAGAGGAAAUGGAAUGAAUGUCCAAGUUACAGUUCCUUGAGGAAAAAUGAAUGCUAUUUUAACUCCACCAAUACCGUUAUUUGGAAACAAUAUACGAUCCAGCUGCGUUCACGCUCUCUUGAUGUUGUUUACGAUGAGAUGUCCUUCACCGUAGAGAACAUCGUGUUUCCAGACCCGCCCGUGGGACUAAACUGGACUCUGCUGAGCAUGAGCACCUCUGGGUUAAUUUCCGAUGUGGUUGUGAGCUGGGAUCCGCCCCCUUCGGCAGCAGAGAGCGUGAAGACGGGCUGGAUGUUGCUGGUGUACGAGACGCAGUACAGAGAAAAGGAUUCAGACAAAUGGAUCUCACUGAAUAAUGGCAAAAUCACACAGGCGUAUAUCUACGGUCUGCGCAGCAACUUUGAAUAUGAAGUCAGAGUGAGAUCACAAAUGAGAGGUUACAACUAUGGGGACUUCAGUGAAUCCAUCUUCAUACUCGUUCCCUACAAAGAAUCAAGGAUUAUGAUUACAGCUGUGUUCAUCUUUGUGGCCAUCGGUAUUGGCGUUACCUUGAUGGUGUUUAUAGUUUCACGCCAACAAAAACUAAUGGUGAUAUUUCUGCCACCUGUACCUGGACCAAAAAUCAAAGGCAUUGAUCCAGCGCUUUUAAAGAAAGGCCAGCUGAUUGAAUUUACGUCAAUUUUAGGCACCCACCCAAACUUGCGUCCAGAACUGUACAGCAAUGAUCCAUGGGUGGAGUUUAUAGAGGUGGACUUUGAUGAACCACAUGAGAGUCAAGAGGAGCUCCUGAUCGCAGACUCAUCUGUCUCUAACUCGCCUCAAAUGUCCAGUGGGUUCAGGGAUGAUGACUCCGGGCGCGCCAGCUGCUGUGACCCGGACCUGUCCGAUCAUGAUCAGACCGAUCUUCAUCAUCCUUCAGCCAGUGGACACGACGGUUUCCACUCACUGUCUCACACUCAGAAUGAGACACCGCAACCUGCGUCUGUCUCUCCACAAGAGAAUACCUGGCCAAACAGUCUUUACUCUCAAGUGAGUGACCUUACUCAGCGUGGUGAAGUAGUUCUGUCUCCAGAAGAGCAAGAAAUCGCCUGCUGUCAUAAUGAUGCUAUAAAGGAUAAUGAAAGAAAUAAGAGAAAAGAACUGAAGUGGUCGACUGUAAUUCCUGAUGAAAGAGGCUACACCUCCGAGUUUACCGCUAAUGCCUUCAGUGCUCACAGUAAUCCAAACCCAAACACAACAGACCAGUCGCUCUUCACAGAACAGUGUCAAGCACCACAGAUGCCAUUUACAGAACCUCAAAACCUGAGCACUGAUACUUCGCCUCUCUCCGCAGCAUUUCCCAUCCUUGCAAAGCCUCCCAGUCCAGAGUACACAGUCGUAGAUGGGGUUGACUGGAAAAACAGUCUCCUCCUAAAACCAAAUAAACAAAUGUCCCCACAAAAAACAGUUGUAAAGACGAUUCCAACUUCUGGAGGAUAUUUGACUGCUGACUUGCUAGACAACAUUACCAUUUAACUACAAGUGGAGGAGCAUCUCAGGAUGUGUCACAGAAGAGAAUUAUGCUUGCUUUUAUGUUUGUGGGAUAUCUGACAUGGUUGGCCGACACCAGACAAGCUUGAAAGAAAAACAGACGGGCCCAUAAUGAAAAAACAUCCUGUGGUUUAAAGUUAAACAAAAGUAAAAAAUGGUUGUAUAAGGCCUGGAGUCAUUUUUAUACUGAUCAUUAUCACGAUUACCACAGCUUUCCUCAUAGGUUAUUCUGAGCAGACAUUUUAACUAUUUUACCUGGAUGUUUAUAGUCAUGUAAAAAGAUACCAACAUUUCAUGUUCUCACAUUUUCACUGCUUAUAAGGCAUGUGUGCUUUUAUCUGUUUCAUUAUUGAAAAUAAUACACUUUCAGUGCACUAACCACUGUGUCUAUGUAAAGUGCCUAUUUUGGAUUUUUUUGGAUUUCAAUAUCAGUGUUAUAAAAAAUGUUCACAUUUGGGUUUGAAUCAUGGCGAUUGUUUGUGUUCAUGUGAUUUUUACAGGCUUUUGUUCGAUGAAGGACUGAACAGACUUUUGUGCCACAAUGAUGUAAAUACUGUCAACUUGUUAUAACAAACCUCUCAGUGCUGCAUUUGGGGCCUUGCUUUAUCAAUAUUGUUUAACAAGCGCAUAGUGUACAUUUUUAAAUGGGACAUUUUUGAAGUAUGCGUCUUUGUAAUAUACAAGACUUCUCUAAAAUAAAAAGGCAGCACAUCUCAUUCAUACAGUACUGGUUUUGUACAGGUUUUGUACUUACACUCCUGUAAUCAUCAAACAGCUACAGAGAUCACGUGAUAUUUAAGUGGGUUAAUAAAAAAGUGACGUAGGCUACUCUAUAAAAUAUAUUAAAGGACUUUGUAGCAGGCUACUAUAUAAAAUAAAGUAUACCGUGUGAAACGUCCUUUAGACGUUUUUGGCUUUAUGCUGUGCUGCGCAGAUUGAUCGACGUCUGACGGAAAAGUAUCGCGAGAGCAAGUCAAAAGUUGUGCUCUCGCGGUACUCUUGUGUCAUAUGUCGAUCAGACUGCCAAGCUAAUCUGCUGACGGGUACUUUAAUUUCUGUGAUUUGGUUUUACUAGUUAAAAUAGACUUUUAAACGUCGCCUAUUUAAUUACUUGUUACGCAAUUAGACCUCCAUCAUGAAAAAGGCGACUUCCGUCGACCUGGAUAAAAUUAUUAAAGAUUUCAUCCAGCUGGAGCAU